AUGGUCACUACUGUUGGGGAUCUUAGUAAGGAAGAUUUAAAUGGUUUUUCUACCGCAGAGAAUACAAAAACUAGUAUUGUACGUAUUCUGGAACAAAUAAGGCGAUUCCAGGAUCGUAUUCGGAAACAUAUAGAAGAUAACUAUGUCGAUUUUAUACCAAACCAUACCGCUUCUGACGUGUAUAUAGAAGAAGGCGAAUCCCUGCUCCGUGAAACCGAACAUUUACUAAAAAACGUUGGAAGUGACGCCCGAUUGGCGCUAAACAGCGCCAAUAUUGAACUAAGCCAAUGCCUGGAAGAGUUACGAGAAGUUACACUGGGCCUUAAACUUUCGCAUCGUAUACUUAAAAUAGAUGACAUUUUCCAAUGUUUGGAAGAAUCGAACGCAACAAAGGAAUAUCUGCGCGCUUUGAAUUUGUUAGGAAAACUUAAGUGUUUAAUAUGCAGCGACACUUCGUCCGAUGUGGACGUGUUAUUUCAAAAGUGUGAAUGCUAUGACACAAUUAAAGUGCGAUAUCAUAUUCAGUCUAACAUUCUGCAACAGAACUUGCAGGCAAGAUUUGAAAGCUUGGUGCAGUUUUCCGAAAAAACAUUUCCAUCUGCUAAAAGCGUCAACUUACAAGUUUCCAAGGAUAUUUCGCAGUUGCAAGAUACCGUUUUGGCACUUUUUGAAGCUCGUUACAACCCCAUGAAGUUGUGCGAUUUUCUUUUGGAGAACUGCUUAUUACCAAUAAUAACCAGACCUGUUUCCGUUGAAUAUUGCAUCGAUAAGGAGGAUUACUUUCAAAUAAAUAUGUCGUAUUCCAUUAAGGAAGCAAACAAGUGUCUGCGUCCAUCUUACAAACAAGUAUUUAUGCAUGUUAAAUCACUUUUUGAGUGUUUAUCUAACAUAAACAUCAAUGUUUCGAGCGAUAAAACCGUAUUUGGCGUAAUUGGAAACCAUAUAAAAGAAAGAUUUAUAAAACUUUUGAUCGAAGAAUGUUUGAUGCAUUCGAUUCCGGAGACAAUGGACGAGUUCCAAGAGUCAACUCUUCUUGAAGAUCUCAAACAAUUUGAACAAAUGCUGAAAGAUAUAUCAUUUUUGGAAGCCAAUACUGAUAAAGAUCUUUCAAAUUUUGCUGAAAAGUUUAAUUUCCUAUUCCAGGAGAGAUUUUCUGUGAAAAUAAUUGAAAGCGCCAAAAGUAUUAUGCAAAAAGACUUGCAAGAUAUGAUGGUUGUUUGUGAAGGAAAUACAUCGGACGAAGUGAAAAGCAAUAAAUUUUUGUUUCCUCAAUGUAUGAUAUCUAAAAGUACUUUGGAAUUGACUAAAUUAAUGGAGCGUAUAAUGAGGCAGACAACUAAUUCUCCGGACAUUAAUUCGUGUUAUAAUGAAUUGAACAUUUUUCUACCCGUAAUAUCAACAAUACUUAACAUGUAUUGUUGUGAGGUCCCAAAAAUUCACGAUAAAUUAUUGGAAAGUAUACCACAGCAGUCAGUACUUUUCUACAACAAUUGCAUGUUUUUGGCGCACUGGGUUGGUAAAAAUUCAGACAUGGGAAUUCCGACUCAUUCUGUACUUGUAAAAACAUUGCAAGCAACAGGUUUGCGUAUAUUCAAAGCACAAGAGGAAAAACAACAAAAAAUCAUCCUUGAAAUAAUGAAAAAUUUAGACGUUUCCGAUACUCAUUCAAUUGGAUCUACGCCAUUAAAACUGAUUCGCCAAUGUUUGCGACAAAUGGAACUAUUGAAAAAUGUCUGGUUGAAUGUACUACCAGAAUCCAUAUACAACAAAACAUUUUCAUUCAUUCUUAAUGAUUUCUUUCAAGAUAUCAUCCGUAGAAUUCUGUGCCUAGAAGACAUAUCGGCUACAGUGGCGAGUGAACUGAGCGAACUAAUUGGUGUAAUUUUAACAAAAGUACCAGAUUUAUUUAAGGAGAAACAAGAAGCCUUCCAGGUACCUUCUUGGAUGAAAAUACAACAAUUGCAAAUGAUUCUAAAUGCUUCUUUGCAAGAAAUUACGGACCAAUGGUGUGAUGGGGCUGGAAUUUUGACUGCUAAUUACAAAGCUGAAGAAUUGCGUCAUUUAAUUAGGGCUCUGUUCCAAAAUACAGAUCGUCGAGCAAAAGCAUUAUCAAAAAUUAUUUAA